CGGGUCUCCCACCUCCCCUCCGUCCCAUCGUGUACGCUACGUACGAGAAACCACCAGCCAAUACCGCGUCCUCUCCUCUCCUCAUCGCUGCCACCUCAAGGGGCGCGCGCGCGUGCUCCUGCUAAGUAGGUACAUAGGGGACCGGACGGAUCGGACCAACAGGAUGGACGUCGGCGGCGGCAGCAGCGGCGGUGGCGAGGAGGAGGAGGUGGACCGGGCCGCCGGCGCCGGCAGCAGCCAGCCGCAGCGGAUGAAGAUCGGCUGGCCCACCGACGUGCGCCACGUCGCGCACGUCACCUUCGACCGCUUCCACGGCUUCCGCGGCGUCCCCGCCGAGCUCCAGCCCGAGCCCGCCCUCGCCAAGGCCCCCAGCGCCAGGUACACGCAUCUUCCUCCCUCCUCUCGCCGUCUGUCCCAAUCCAUCUUCCUCCUCGGCAUUCAAUCAUCGAUGAUCGUCUCCGUGUCCGGCGUGCGUGUGUGCAGCAAGACGGCGUUCGGCGUGUCGACGGAGUCGAUGCAGUGCGCGCACGACGCGCGGGGGAACAGCGUGCCCACCAUCCUGCUCCUCCUGCAGCGCCGCCUGUACGAGCAGGGCGGGCUCAAGACGGAGGGCAUCUUCCGCGUGGCCGCCGACGGCGCGCAGGAGCAGCGCGUCAGGGACCAGCUCGACCUCGCCGCCUCCGUGCCGGAGGACGCCGACGUGCACUGCCUCGCGGGGCUCAUCAAGGCCUGGUUCAGGGAGCUGCCGGGCGGCCUGCUGGACGCGCUGCCGGAGGAGGAGGUGGCGGGCUGCGCCACGGAGGAGGCGGCGGCGAGGCUGAUCGGUAAGCUGCCGGCGGCCAAGGCGGCGCUGCUCGACUGGGCCGUGCAGCUCAUGGCGGACGUGGCGAGCGAGGAGGCGCGGAACCGGAUGGGCACCCGCAACGUCGCCAUGGUCUUCGCGCCCAACAUGACGGAGGAGGUGGAUCCUCUGACAGCGCUCAAGUACGCGGUGCAGGUGAUGAACUUCCUCAACCUGCUCAUCGAGCGGGCGCUCCGACAAAGGCAGCAAGAUCAGAAGAAGAAGCAACCUAAAUAGUUAAUUGAUGGUUUGAUUGACGCUUUGGUUAAUCGAUUAGUCCCGUGGUUAGUUAAUUUCGUUCAGUUGGGUGUCCAUCGACUAAGCUGACUUUGUAUGUACCUGAGCCUAGCUAGGACCCAGCAAAUCAGCUAGAUGUGUGUGUGCGUCUGUUAAUCAUGUCGGAUUUCUCCUUUGAAUACUUGUGCUCUUUGAAUGGUUAAUUCGGCUUUACUUU